AUGUACAACUGCUCUGAUUGCUUCUGGGAAUCCAAACAGUUCGUAAUGACAAUGGGAGAAACCCUGCUGGCCAAUGAAUCGACUCUAACAACCGGAGAUCUCUUCUACAGCGGCAGCGAGUUGCUCGGGAAUGUAGCGAACGCGAUGGUUGUCAGUACGCAGUACCUGCUGGACUUUACACACACCACGACCAAAGUCACGAUGCGAUACUUCUGGAGACUCGUAAAAGCUGUGCUUCUGGGAAUACCAUCGAAGGUCUAUAUGUCGUCAUCGGUUGAUAUAACGGUGCCGUUCUCAACAUUAAUGAUCUGCCUCGUCCUAAUAAUGCUCGUCACAUAUUAUUUUGUUCGAACGCGAUUCCUCAAUGCAUACAGGCGACUUCAGCCCGACGAAGACGACGAAUUCCUGCUCAAGAACAAGAAGAUACAAGAUGACACGGAUGCGCUUUUCAUGAAUAACCUCAACGAUCGCAGGAGAGGUGAUUUUUCGUCGUACUUGGAAGAGUUUCUAAGCGCGAUAAAGAUAUUUGGUUAUCUCGAGAAGCCUGUAUUCCAUGAACUUACAAAAUCGAUGAAAACCCGCCGCCUAGAAGAGGGCGAGGUAAUGCUUGUCGACAACGCUCUUGGUUUUGCAAUUGUUGUCGAGGGUAGUCUGAACAUCUAUCACAGAGUGGACAGACAAAGCAAAAAUUCGGGCCCGUUUCCUUCCAAUUUCGAUACAACGCGCGACUUUGAGAACCAGAGUGACGAUAGCUUAGAUUCAGACGAUCCCAUAUCCAGUUUAGGAUCGUCUUCGCUGGACGGUGAAAAAUUCCAGCUGCUGAAUACCGUACGAGCAGGAAACCCAAUAUCAUCUCUGAUUAGCAUCCUCAAGCUUUUUACCGAGACUAGCAGUGAUUACGAAGACCAGAUGGAGUCUGUUUCUAAUACCAUGUCGCCUCAACCUAAUUUUAUGACUCCCUUUCUUGAUUCAACUGUUGAGCAGCAUAGCGAACACUUACAGCACUCUGAGGACUCGAAGGGCAAUAAAGGGAGAAACACGGAUCUGAGCGAUGAUCUGAAUGCACAAGCAGACACAGAUCAUGGUUCCGAGAAAUCAGAUAGUGGAAGGGGCGAGGAACUUCCACCAGUAGUACCCGAAUUGAUUGCUCGUGCUUCAAACGACUGUACAAUAGCCAUAAUUCCUCCUUCCUCGUUUGUAAGACUCACCUCCAAAUACCCCCGCUCAGCUUCUCAUAUAAUACAGAUGAUUUUAACAAAACUGUACCGCGUCACCUUCCAGACUGCCCACAAUUAUCUUGGUCUAACAAAGGAGAUUGUCAAGACCGAGCAAGUUUUGAAUGCGAGCGUAGAUUUCGACUUGCCGUGCUAUUUGCGGGAAGCUGUUGUCAGGAGAACAAACGCGGAGGACAAAGGUGAAGCGCGAAAUGCUGCAGAUAGCAAGCCCGCCAAGCAUCGGAGACCAGAGCUUUUGAAAAAGGGUGGCCGCGCUACUAGGCCGCAUAGCUUCAUGAGAACGGGAGAAUCUCGGCAUGUUGUUUUAGAUUCCAGAGACCAUUUUAAUCCGGGAGAUCUACUCUCAAACGUUCCGCUUUCAAGGAAAGACUUUCACAACGCAAAAGGCAACAAUGGGGGUCAACUUUACCAGAACUCCAGUAAUGGAACUGUUUCUGCUAGGACAAUGGACCGUGUUUCUUCGGACAGCACUCACCGUCCCGGUUCUCCUUCCCCAGGAAUAGAACAAAACAACUCCAGUAGUGCCGUAAGCAGCGCAAUGAAUAGCGCACUUGUUGAUGAUGAUGUCCGCCGCAGGACGUUUUCUGCCAUUCAGGACGAAACUGAGGAGUCGUCAUGGAGAAUGGCUUUAAUUGAGGGCAUUUUCGCAUAUUUGGGAAUUACAAAGCAGAACAUAUUACCAAGCUCCAAUACGAGUAAUCUAUCAAAUAGUAUGAGACGAUCAUCUGAGAUAUCUUUAAGCUCCUCUCGAACAUCAUCCCAAUUCCCGUCUUCUCUGGAGUAUCACAUCAUCCCAAGCAAAAGAUUUCCAAUAAAGCACGGAAGGAGUUCGAAAAGAAGCAAAAAACACGGCGAGGAGGUCCCUCAAAACAUAGACUUCGACACCGUCAAAAAUGAAUUUGCUCAAGGUCUACAGACCAUGUUUUUUCGAGCAGGAUCGACAGUUGUUGAGCAAAAUAAAACUAACACAGGCCUCUUUUAUGUCAUCUCGGGAACUUUGGAAGUGGCCUGUAAAAAUGAUGAUGACGAUCGCAAGGAACAGGUUCUGUACAAUGUUAACCCUGGUGGAAUUGGUGGUUACCUGGCGGCUCUAAUUGGAUGUAAAUCGUUUGUCUCCCUUAGGGCCAAAACAGAUCUUUACGUGGGACUUUUACCCACCGAUACUUUAGAGAGACUUUGUGACAAAUAUUUUAUGAUUUAUCUGCGGAUAGCUGAAACUUUGAGCAAGGUCCUGAGCCCUAAGAUUUUGAAGCUUGAUUAUGCUCUCGAGUGGAUCCAUUUAGAGGCCUCCGAAACAUUAUUCAAUCAAGGCGACCCAGCAAAUGCUAUAUAUGUGGUUUUGAGUGGGAGAUUGCGUCAACUCCGCAAAGCACCGAAGGCAGAGGUUGAAACGAAGCGCAAGAGGAAACGGGAUGAACUGCUCAGCUCUAGGAACGUUCAAACUGUGGGCGAAUGUGCUCAAGGACAAAGUGUAGGAGAGGUCGAAGUCCUUACUGCAAUCAACCGCUUGGCCUCAGUGGUUGCACUUAGGGAAACCGAGCUUGCACGUAUUCCUCGAACUUUAUUCGAAUUGCUAGCCCUUGAACAUCCUUCAAUAAUGAUUCGGGUCAGUAGAUUGGUUGCGAGAAAGAUUUUACAGCAACAGAAUGCAACAGAAACUACCUUACAGAACAGCUCAAAUGACACCAGAUAUGAUUUUAAUCUAUUAAUUCCGCCUUCAGAAACCCUGAAGGGGAGCACGAUCGAUAAUAAAAGAACAGGACAAGCCAGUGGCCGGACUUAUCGAACCAUUUCUAUAUUACCAAUCGCUCAAGGUGUUGCGGUAGGUGAUUUUGCUUCCAGACUAGUGACAGCGCUUAAGCAGGUUGGAAGGAAAACGAUAGGACUAAAUCAAUCCACCACCUUAUCACAUCUAGGCCGGCACGCAUUCGACGGACUCUCCAAGUUGAAGCAAUCGGGUUAUUUUGCAGAGCUAGAAGAGCUUUACGAUACUGUCGUUUAUAUCGCUGACACACCCGUCAACUCCUCGUGGACUCAAACAUGCAUAGCCCAAGGAGAUUGCAUUUUAUUACUUGCCUAUGCAACAAUGGAUACUGAUAUAGGAGAAUAUGAGAGGUUGCUCAUUAAGUCCAAAACCAACGCGCGAGUAGAGCUUAUAUUUCUUCACGAAGAAAGAUAUGUCAGUCCAGGAUUCACACAUAAGUGGCUCAAAAACAGAAUCUGGAUUCAUUCUGAGCACCACGUUCAAAUGUCGAGCCCAAGCAUCAUUUUACAAGACGAUGAGAAGACGUCUGCGCCGCUACAAGGCAAUAUUAUGGACAUAUUCCGUCAAAAAGAGCGUAUCAAUAAAAUAACUAGAAAGACGCAGGAGAAUAUAUCGCGGUUGCUUCCAGAUUCUCUUAAGGCGACUGUAGAGAAUCUGUCACUGAAGUACAUUUACAAGAAGCAGCGAUAUUACACCCCAGUACACUCUCAUAAGAAUGACUUUCUGAGACUGGCACGAAUACUUUCAGGACAAGCCAUCGGACUGGUGCUCGGGGGCGGAGGUGCGAGAGGCAUUAGUCACCUUGGAGUUUUGAAGGCCAUAGAGGAGCAAGGAAUUCCGAUAGAUAUGAUCGGUGGUACCUCUAUAGGUGCCUUCAUCGGAGGUCUCUAUGCAAAAGAUUAUGACCUCGUGCCCAUUUAUGGCCGUGUUAAAAAGUUUGCUGGUCGUCUUAGCUCGAUUUGGCGCAUGCUGACCGACCUUACGUGGCCUGUUACAUCAUACACAACCGGACACGAGUUUAAUAGGGGAAUAUGGAAAGCAUUCGGAGAUAUCCGAAUAGAGGACUUCUGGAUACAAUACUACUGUAACUCGACAAACAUAACUGAGUCAAUUCAAGAAAUCCAUUCAUCAGGGUAUGCAUGGAGGUACAUCAGAGCUUCUAUGUCUCUAGCAGGAUUACUUCCACCAAUCGAGGACAAUGGAUCCAUGCUUCUCGAUGGCGGUUAUGUCGACAAUCUACCCGUCUGGGAAAUGAAGGCACGCGGUUGUAAAACCAUUCUGGCAGUGGACGUGGGCUCAGUAGACGAUCGUACGCCAUUGAGAUAUGGAGAUUCCUUGAACGGCUUUUGGAUAGUUUUCAACAGAUGGAACCCCUUUUCCACGCAUCCCAACGUGCCAAACAUGGCUGAAAUUCAAAUGCGGUUAGGGUAUGUAGCCUCAGUCAACGCUUUGGAAAAGGCUAAGAAUACCCCUGGAGUUAUUUACAUUCGUCCACCAAUCGAGGGCUAUGCAACGCUAGAUUUUGCUAAAUUUGAGGAAAUCUAUGAGGUUGGUGCUGCGUAUGGGCUCGAAUUUUUCCAAAAGUUAGAAGCAGAUGGCAAGAUGCCUCCAAUUCCAGGUUCCGCGUCCGAUUUCAGCGACAGCAAUCUGCCCUACAGCAUGAUGCAGAGACGUAACAGUAUCUGA